AUGGCCGACGCUGACGAAGAUGUCAUUCCAUCUACCUCCCAACCUGAGGCAGAUGACCUCGAAGAUGAAACCCAGGACUUUCGAUUCCUCGCCCAACUCACUGCCGCGGCCUCAGGUGGUGGAGCAGCCGCCAUCGUCCCAAAGCGAGGGACCAAAGAUUUUGAACCAAACCCUACAAGAUCGCAGGCAUCUGCGCUGGACGCCUCCCGUCUGGCUAUGCACACCGCUCUUAGCGCACCCAGAACUCAUGCUGAAAAAAACCACAUAGUGGGCCAAUACCUGCCAGAUCCGAACCGGUGGAGGUGGGAAGAUGACGGUGCUGUCAGACGGACUGGGAGAUGUGUUGUGGUAUACAAAUUCAAAAGCACAUAUGCCAAGACGAUGGGUCAGGCGGACAGAAAUAAUUGGGUGUGGUUCCUCCCAGAGGAGGCUCUGUUCCUGCUCGAGCGUGGCAGUCUUGAUGUUCGGUGGCCAAAGGUGGACGAGAAUAUGACAAACAGUGCUUCCCAAGAGGAAGCUCAAACCGCCAUUCAGGAUGGAGAUGGGUCUCGAGGACCAGACAGUCCAGAAGAAAAAAACGAUCCUGAGGUAGGGGAACUUCCAAUGAGUCUUCAGGGGGCCUACGCCGGUUUCAUUGGCAAAGACGGCCUUACUCUCGAACGAUUCAAUGUCUAUGCUGGGCUGAGGAGGUCAGGCUAUAUUGUCCAGAGGGCCUCGACAUGGUAUGAUGAUUAUCUUCCAGAAGCCAAUGGCCAUGUUAGCACUGCAGCUUCGACACAAAUCGACCAGUCCACGAUAUCAGCACCUUCUCCUCGACCACAUCCCUCUUUAACGUCUUCAAACAACGCAGCUGGCUUGAUUCACAGAAUCUGCUCGUGGCUGUUCAAGCCUCAGCGAGGCGAAUCUUGUCCAUCGAUUGGGCCACUGGUCGCGCCUGGACUCUACCGAAGCUACACAGACAUUUUCCGCGCCCUCAGCCUGAUUCCCUUCCACAAUCCCAAAUUGACUCAUGAUACAACAAGCAACGACUUACCCUCGGCAACAGAUCAACAAACACCUUCUCCCCACCCAAGCCAAACGCCACGUCCACCAUACCGCAUCCACUUCCACGCCUGGAAACCGAACACGACCUAUAAAAAGUCAGUUCCACCACCGCCGGACUAUCGCAUCUGCGUCCUCGACGCCCGCACAACCUCUAUGCCAAAUCUCAUGCAAAUUGGUGAUCUACUCGAUUCUAUGCCAGAUGAUUUCGUCACACAGGACAAGGUCGGCAGACUAGAGGCCCGUAUCAAGCACGGCAAGAGGAAUGUCAUCCUCGCUGUUGUCGAUGUCGGCAUUGUCAGUUACCUCAGGCUGAGCGAUGCGUGCUUUGGUGCCGAUAAGCUCUUUGAGCAGAAAUUCGGGCUUCGUGCCAAAGGGAAGGGCCAUGGCAGGGGUGGGAGACCUGGCCCAAAGAGGAAAUCAGAGGGCCAGAAAUGA